UGUGCCUCCCUACUUCAAAACAGAGCCGGUGCGUAGCCAGCUCCACCUGGAACGCAACAGGCUGGUGCUGACCUGUAUGGCUGAGGGAAGCUGGCCACUGGAGUUUAAAUGGAUCCACAACACCACAGAACUGACCCGCUUCUCACUGGAGUACAGGUACCUAAUCCCUUCGUUGGACCGCUCCCAUGCUGGCUUCUACCGCUGCAUCGUGAGGAAUCGGGUGGGGGCCCUUCUGCAGAGGCGCACAGAAGUACAGGUGGCCUUUAUGGGCAGUUUCGAAGAAGGUGAACGCUCCGAGUCGGUCUCUCAAGGAGAGGGCGCAGUCAUCCAGGCGCCACGCAUUCGCAGCUUCCCCCAACCUCAGGUCACCUGGUACAGAGACGGCCGCAAGAUACCACCCAGCAGUCGCAUUGCCAUCACCCUGGACAACACGCUAGUCAUCCUGUCCACAGUGGCCCCAGAUGCCGGGCGAUACUACGUCCAAGCCGUGAACGACAAGAACGGCGAGAACAAGACGAGCCAGCCCAUCACGCUGUCAGUCGAGAAUGUUGGAGGUCCGGCAGACCCCAUCGCCCCCACCAUUAUCAUCCCUCCCAGGAACACCAGCGUGGUUACGGGCACCUCAGAGGUCACGAUGGAGUGUGUAGCAAACGCCAGGCCUCUUAUCAAGCUGAGCAUCUCAUGGCGUAAGAACGGUGUGUUGGUGUCGAGCGGCCUGAGCGAUUUUAACCGCAGGCUGACCAUCCUCAGUCCCAUGGUGAGCGACUCCGGCUUCUACGAGUGCGAGGCCAUUCUACGCAGCAGCAGCGUGCCCUCAGUCAGUCUUGGGGCUUAUCUGCAUGUACUAGAACCCCCACAGUUCAUUAAAGAGCCAGACAAACACAUCACAGCCGAGAUGGAGAAGGUGGUGGACAUUCCCUGUCAGGCACGAGGAGUGCCCCAGCCUGACAUCGUGUGGUACAAGGACGCACUGCCCGUCGACCCCGUGAAGACGCCCAGGUACAGGGUGCUGGUGGGGGGUAGCCUGCAGGUCAAUGGCCUCCUGCCCGAUGACACAGGGAUGUUCCAGUGCUUCGCCAGAAAUUCAGCGGGAGAAGUUCAGACCAACACGUACCUGGCUGUAACCAGCAUCGCCCCGAAUAUCACAGCCGGACCCUCGGACAGCACGGUGAUCGACGGCAUGUCCGUCAUCCUGCACUGCGAGACCUCUGGAGCUCCGAGACCGGCUAUCACCUGGCAGAAAGGUGAGAGAGUGUUGGCCAGCGGUUCAGUCCAGCUGCCUCGCUUCACCCUGCUCGAGUCCGGCAGCCUGCUCAUCUCGCCCUCGCACAUUUCUGACGCCGGCACCUACACUUGCAUGGCGAGCAACUCCAGGGGCAUCGACGAGGCGUCCGCUGACCUCGUGGUGUGGGCUCGCACCCGGAUUACCACCCCCCCACAGGACCAGAGUGUCAUCAAAGGAACUAAAGCCAUCAUGACCUGUGGAGUCACACAUGACCCCAGUGUCACUGUCAGGCAUAUCUGGGAGAAAGACGGCUCAGUGAUCCAGGUCCAAUCCUUCCCCCGCAUGCGGCUGGACGCUGACGGCACCCUCCACAUCUCCCAAACCUGGUCAGGCGACAUCGGCACCUACACCUGCAGAGUCACCUCCGUCGGCGGCAACGACUCCCGCAGCGCGCACCUCCGUGUCAGGCAGCUGCCCCAUGCCCCAGAGAACCCUACGGCCGUGCUGAGCAAAUCUGAGAAGAGAGCCAUCGACCUGGCCUGGGCCAAGCCGUUUGAUGGCAACAGUCCUCUCAUACGCUACAUCCUGGAGGUCUCCGAGAACAACGCUCCCUGGGCCAUCCUGCUUGCCAAUAUUGAGCCAGAGUCCACAGCAGUGACGGUGAAUGGUUUGAUCCCUGCACGCUCCUAUCAGUUCCGCCUGUGUGCCGUUAAUGACGUGGGGAAAGGGCAGUUCAGCAAGGAGACAGACCGCGUCUCUCUCCCAGAGGAGCCCCCCAGCGCUCCCCCUCAGAACGUCAUAGCGAGCGGCCGCACCAACCAGUCCAUCAUGAUCCAGUGGCAGCCGCCGCCAGAGAGCCACCAGAACGGCAUCCUCAGAGGAUACACCGUCCGGUACCGUUUGACCGGGCUGCCCGUGGACUACCAGAUCAAGAACAUCAGCAGUCCAGAUGUGACCACCCUGCUGCUGGAGGACCUCAUCAUCUGGACUAACUACGAGAUCGAGGUGGCCGCCUACAACGGAGCCGGUCUGGGCGCUUACAGCCACAAAGUCACCGAGUGGACCCUGCAGGGAGUUCCCACCGUCGCCCCCGGGAACGUGCAAGCCGAGCCGGUCAACUCAACAACGAUCCGUUUUACGUGGACAGCCCCGAACCCUCAGUUCAUCAACGGCAUCAACCAGGGGUACAAGUUGCUGGCCUGGGAGCCCACCAGAGACAAGGACAUUUCCAUGGUGACACUGGGACCCAACUUCCAGGACAGCGUCCACGUGGGCUACGUGACAGGUCUGAAGAAGUUCACCGAGUACUUCACCUCGGUGCUGUGUUUCACCACGCCGGGAGACGGCCCUCGCAGCCCGCCCAGAAUGCUGAGGACACACGAGGACACUCCCGGUGCUGUGGGUCACCUGAGCUUCACCGAGAUCUUGGACACCUCGCUUAAAGUGAGCUGGAGCGAGCCCGGCGAGAAGAAUGGAGUUCUCACAGGUUACCGCAUUUCGUGGGAGGAGUACAACCGGACGAACACGCGAGUCACCCACUACCUGCCGAACGUCACAUUAGAGUACCGGGUCACUGGACUCACUGCUCUCACCACCUACACCAUCGAGGUGGCCGGAAUGACCUCCAAAGGCCAGGGCCUGCUCUCCUCCUCCACCAUCUCCUCGGGCGUCCCACCAGAGCUGCCCGGCCCUCCCUCGAGCAUGGCGAUCACCAACAUCGGCGCACGCUCCAUCACGCUGCAGUUCAAACCCGGAUAUGACGGCAAAACAUCCAUUUCCCGUUGGCAGGUGGAGGCCCAGGUGGGUGUUGUAGGAGAAAAUGAAGACUGGGUGAUGGUCCAUCAGGUGACCAAUGAACCUGAAGCCCGCUCCUUAGAGGUUCCAGGUCUCAACCCGUACACCUUCUACAGGUUCCGGAUGCGUCAGGUGAACAUUGUGGGCACCAGUCUUCCCAGCCAGCCCUCCAGGAAGAUCCAGACCCUGCCAGCUCCUCCUGACAUGGCCCCCGCCAAUGUCACCCUGCGCACCGCCAGCGAGACCAGCCUCUGGUUACGAUGGAUGCCUCUGCCUGAGUGGGAAUACAACGGGAUCGCAGAGCAGGUGGGCUACAGGAUCCAGUACUUCCGCGCGGGCUCUCAGGGCCGGGGGCUGACCCACGUCAUCCCCGACCGCCUGGAGAGAGAGUUCACCAUCGAGGACCUGGAGGAGUGGACCGAGUACGAGGUCAGGGUUCAGGCUGUGAACGGCAUCGGGAUGGGACCCUGGAGCACGCCGGUCAAAGGCAGGACGAGGGAGUCUGUCCCCUCCUGCGGUCCCACAAAUGUGUCUACCUUCGCCAUCACGUCCAGCAGCAUCCUGGUGCGCUGGUUUGAGGUCCCUGAGGCGGACAGGAAUGGUCUCAUUCUGGGCUACAAGGUGGUGUACAAAGAGAAGGACUCGGACAGUUCGGUCCACUUCUGGACAGUGGAGGGGAACGCCACCCACAGCGUCCAGCUCACCGGUCUGGGGAAAUAUGUGCUGUAUGAGAUCCAGGUGCUGGCUUUCACACGCGUCGGAGACGGGCGGUCCAGUUCUCCACCCAUCUUGGAAAGGACGCUGGAUGACGUUCCAGGACCUCCAGUGGGCAUCCUGUUCCCUGAAGUGCGAACCACCUCAGUCCGGCUUAUCUGGCAGUCUCCAUCACAGCCCAAUGGCAUCAUACUUGCCUACCAGAUCACAUACCACCUCAACUCCACAAAUAGCAACGCGGCCACAGUGGACGUGCUGAACCCGAGCGCUCGCCAGUACACGGUGACCAGCCUGAAGCCAGAGUCCAUCUAUGUGUUCCGCAUCACAGCGCAGACCAGGAAGGGCUGGGGCGAAGCCGCUGAGGCGCUGGUGGUCACCACGGAGAAAAGAGCUCGUCCCCAACCCACCAGCCGUCCAGUGGUCCCUCAAAAAGACGUUCAGGCCCGCCACGUUCUGUUGUCAUGGGAGCCCGGCAGCGACGGCCUCUCCCCCGUGCGUUACUACACGGUCCAGCUUAGAGAGCUCCCUGAGAGCAACUGGACGGUCCACUCUGCCUCCGUCAACCACGAGGCCGCCUCGUACAUUGUGUCCAGGCUGAAGCCUUUCACAUCCUACCAGUUCAGAGUAAAAGCCACCAAUGACAUCGGGGACAGCGAGUACAGCGAGGAAAGUGAAGCGAUCACAACUCUGCAGGAUGCGCCUGACGAAGCACCCACCAUUCUCUCCGUCACGCCGCACACAACGACAUCAGUGCUCCUCCGCUGGAAGCCCCCCUCUGAGGAGAAGAUCAAUGGGAUCUUACUGGGUUUCAGGAUUCGGUAUCGUGAGCUGCUGUACGACCGUCUCCGCAGUUAUUCCGCUCAUGCCAUCCACAACAGUGCAUCCGCCUGGGCUGAGCUGACUGCCCCUUACAGCAUCCGCAAUCUCAGUGACUCAACUCUGAAUCAGUACGAGUUGGACAAACUGAGUAAACACAAGCGCUACGAAAUACGCAUGAGUGUGUACAACGCUGUGGGCGAGGGACCAACCAGCCCGCCGCAGGAGGUGUUUGUCGGAGAAGCAGUACCUACAGCCCCACCCCAGAAAGUUGCCAUUCAGUCAGCGACAGCCACCCAGCUAGAUGUGACGUGGGACCCUCCCCCUGUAGACGCACAGAACGGAGACAUCCAGGGCUACAAGGUUUACUUCUGGGAGUUCAAGCGUAAGAAUGAGACAGAGCGCCUGCGCACUCUGUUCAUGCCUGAGGGAGGGGUGAAGCUGAAGAACCUGACCGGUUACACCACCUAUAUGAUCAGUGUUGCCCCCUUUAAUGCAGCUGGGGAUGGGCCCCGCAGCCCACCGACCAGAGGAUGCACUCAGCAAGCCGCUCCCAGUGCUCCCAGCUUCAUCCACUUCAGUGAGCUGACCACCACUUCGGUCAACGUGUCCUGGGGCGAGCCCACCUUCCCUAAUGGCAUCAUUGAGGGCUAUCGUCUGGUGUAUGAACCCUCCACACCCGUAGAUGAGUCCUCAGUGGCCUGUGCCGACUGUCUCCACUCCCCCUUCCCCCCAGGCGUCAGUAAGACAGUGACGGUGGACGUGAAGGGGAGCGGCCCCUUCUGGUUGAAGCUCAGAGACCUGGCCGACGGCGCCACCUACAACUUCCGCAUCCGGGCCAAGACCUUCAUCUACGGGCCCGAGGUGGAGGCCAACAUCACCACCGGCCCCGGAGAAGGAGCCCCAGGACCCCCUGGAGAACCCUUCAUCACCCGGUAUGGUCAGGCCCUGACCAUCCACUGGACCAGCGGGGACCCGGGACGUGCUCCCAUCACACGCUACGUGAUCGAGGCCAGACCUUCAGAUGAGGGAUUGUGGGAUAUCUUAAUCAAGGACAUCCCCAAGGAAGUGACAUCGCACACAUUCCCCAUGGACAUCCUGAAGAAAGGGCUCAGUUACGACUUCAGAGUAAUUGGAGUGAAUGACUACGGCUAUGGCGCACCAAGUCUACCUUCUCCUUCUAUAUCAGCCCAGAAUGUGGCCCCUUUCUACGAGGAGUGGUGGUUCCUGGUUGUGGUUGCUCUGGUGGGGCUCAUCUUCAUCCUGCUGCUGGUUUUCAUCCUCAUUAUCAGAGGACAGAGCAAGAAGUAUGCCAAGAAGGCCGAAUCAGUGUCUCUGUACGUGUGUCCAGGUAACAACUCCAACUGCAACGCUCUAACGCACGGAGACAUGGUGAGCCUGGACGAAGGUCGAUUCCCCGCGCUGGAACUCAACAACCGACGGCUGUCUGUGAAAAACUCAUUCUGCAGGAAGAACGGCGUCUACACCAGAUCUCCUCCCAGGCCCAGUCCGGGCAGUCUUCACUAUUCAGACGAGGACGUCAGCACAAAGUACAACGACCUGAUCCCUGCAGAGAGCAGCAGUCUGACCGAAAAACCCUCAGAAAUCUCAGACUCACAGGAGGCGCUGGUGUUUUCAUAUGGGACAGGUGGCCUACAUACACUUCCACUGCAUUUGGGCAGCGACAGCGAGUAUGAGGUGGACCCCAACCGACAGAAGACCCACUCCUUCGUCAACCACUACAUCAGCGACCCCACCUACUACAACUCCUGGCGCCGACAGCAGAAAGGCAUAUCCCGCGCUCAGGCCUACAGCUACACCGAGUCCGAGUCGGGCGAGCCGGAUCACCCGGUCUGUGCACCGCCACAGCUGCCUCCUUUACCACCCCUGCCCCCCCAGCUCAGUUCACCUAGCCCCCAGCCUCAGCAAGCGCAGGGCCAGCCCCAGGGCCAGGGCAGCCUCUUCAGGCCCAAAGGUAGCCGGACUCCCACCCCUUCUCAGCAGAGCUCCAACCCCCCCAGCCAGCACAGCACCCUCUACAGGCCACCCAGCAGCCUAGCACCUGGCUCGCGGGCCCCAAUCGCUGGAUUUUCCUCUUUUGUGUAAAAAAAGCUAAAAAGGACAAAGAAAUUUCUGGAAAUAUCUUCCCAUCUCGUGUUGAUGGAUAACAUGGCAACACACAUUCAACCAAUCAAGUUUUAAAUGCCUUUUUUUAUUUUCAUUAAUUUUCUUUUUCCACUUUUUUACAUUUCAUUUUUCUCUAGUCGGGCUGGAACUAAAACUAUAAGACUCUCUGGGGCUCUUUUUCAUCGUUAAAUGUGUGAAAGUGUGUGUGCAUUUUUUUUUUCACUAGAUGAUAAAAUACUCACUAACAUAUUUUUAUUUUAUUUUUGCUUUUUCAACUUUUUGCAUGACUUGCAUAACUAUUUGUUCUUCCAUUUUUUUGUUACGCUUCUUUGAACAAAUUGAAAUGAUGCCGUCUGAUUCUGUACAAAGUCACAAGAAUCUUUGGAGAAACACAAACAUAUAAAUAUAUAUACAUACAUAUAUAUAUGAAUAUAAAGUAGAUGUACCUAGAUGACAAAAUCAAUCCACUGCAGAUUGUGCAUUUGAUGGAGACUGAAUGAAGAAUAUGAUGGAGCCAUAUUGUGGACGUAAAAGGACAAGUGUUUGGACUGGAUGAACUGGAUGUAGAAUGAAAAAGAGAAAAGACAGAAGUGGAUGUGGAAUUCAUGCCAAAUCGAACAAAUUUUAACGUGUUGGCCUGGACAGCUUGAGGAGAACAUUGGUGCAACAAUCACGCGUUUCCAAGGAAACAACUCUCCGGCCUAUUGCACACAAAUAUAUUGAAAAGUUGAACAACAUUUGGCCAUGGAGGGUCAAAUGCUGAAGACUCUUGUGCCUGAGAGAUCCUUGCAGAUAUAUAAAAGGCGUGUAUAUCUGUUAAAGUGAAAGUGUUAAAGUCUUUUUUGUGAGUGUGUUACAGUGGAUCAAAGAUGCCUUGAUAGAGUAAACACUUAUUUAUGAUAUCCGGCACCAAUUGUGACUGAACUGCUGAUGGUGCCCUUGACUGUGGCAUCGUAAUGGCUCGCCCUCACGCUUUCGAGAGCCUUCUUUUAAUCCUGAUGGAUGUGGGCUGUGAAUAAAUUUGCAUACACAAACCCAUAUUUUUUCACCCUUUGCUGGCUCACAUAUACACACACAUCAGUCCCAUUCUGCAUACUUUAUGUCUACUGAGAUGCUUUGAAAUCCAGCAUAAGAGUGUCAGAACUGUCUGAAGUAUCCUGGGACAGUCACAUGUGGGCACAGCUGCUGGUUCUGCUAAAUGGUAACAGUGUGAUUUUGAUAAGAAAUGUUUCUUUUUUUUUCCUGUUUCCUCCCCUGCUAGCUGACGGCUCUCUGUUACUGAUCACUAUCGCGGGGCAGCGCUGGGCCUGCGCCAAGAGAUGAUGUCAUUGAGUUUCACCUCUUUCCCCUUUGUGUAAUCAACCACUGGGUAAUAUUCAGGUGUGGCUGUACUGCCCUGAAUGCUAAUGCCUGUGUGUGAGUAUGUGUGUGACUCCACUUCUUGUGCAUAAGCUUUACAGAUCAUUCAGUGUGUGUCUGGUUAAAAAGAGAUUGUCCUGCAGUUAUUGUAAACCUGCCACAGAGGACUGUGAGCUGUCCGGUCGCCUGCAAGGCACACUCACGACGCUAUAGUGAAGACAAAGUGUGUUGCUAGUUUCCACAGUUCCCAAAAAAAGAAAAAAAAUGUCAUCGACUUUUUUUUUAUUUUUAUUAUUCCUGUGGGGUGAUUUCAUUGUACGCAACAAAAGCUUAUCAUGCAGAAUCUGAAUGAAUAUAUGAUCACAAAACAUUUCUGAAAUAAAUUAUUUUUGAAUGUUA